AUGGGUUCUUACGCCCCUCUUCCAUUCGAUAUCAAGAAGAUCGCCAUUAUCGGUGCUGGACCAUGUGGUCUUGCGGCAGCCAGAUAUUUGCUGGAUCGUGAUGUCUUUACAUCAGUCGUCAUUUUCGAACAACAGCACGAAGUUGGCGGUGUCUGGAAUUACAGCCGAGACCCGCCCGGGUCGGUUCGUGUUCCUCAGACAGAUCCAUUUGGUCCUCCGGAGGUGCCUUUGCCACCACGGAAGACCGGUGAUGCACCCAUGUUUCCCUCGCCAAUGUACGAGACGCUCCAUGCCAACAUUCCAGGCUCUCUCAUGAACUACAAGGAUCGGCCAUUUCCCCAGGACGCCUGGGCCUACCCUUCACGUCAGACCAUUCAGGAUUAUAUUGGGGGCUAUGCAGAGGACCUUCGGUCUCACAUCAAAUUCAACAUUCAGGUCGAAAGUGUCGAGUUAACUCAAGAAGCUGAGAGAGAUAGGUGGAUAUUGAAAGCCAAGUCAACCGUGGUCGAUGAAACCAUCAAGGAAACUUUCGAUGCUGUAGUCGUGGCCAAUGGUCAUUACUCGGUGCCGUUUCUACCAGAAGUCAAGAACAUCGAAGCCUUUCACACGACUCAUCCGAAUAUUAUUAUCCACUCGAAAAACUAUCGAACCCCGGAGCCUUUCGCCGGCAAAAGGGUUGUUGUGGUUGGGAACGGGCCUUCCGGGCUUGACAUUGCACGACAGAUUACCGGCGUGGGUGCCCAGACGCUCAUAUCAGUCCGCAGUCCGACCCCGGCUGACAAACUUGAGCACGUCGGGGCGUCCGAGAUUGCCGAGAUUGUGGAGUUUCUUCCUGAUCAACAGGCCAUCCGGCUCAAGGACGGUUCGGUGCAGUCCGGCAUAGAUGCCAUUAUAUACUGCACGGGCUUUCUCUUCAGUUAUCCCUUCCUCCCUGGGCUCGCGCCCAAGCUCCUAACCAAGGGCAAGGGUGUGUUCGGGCUGUACAAGCACCUGUUCCUGAUACAGCACCCGACGCUGGUCUUCCCAGGGUUGCUGAUGAAGGCGGUUCCAUUCCCGCUGUCGGAGGCCCAGGCGGCUGUCGUGGCGGCCGUGUGGUCCAACUCGUUGCUCCUGCCACCCGUUGAGGAACAAGAGAAGUGGGAGCGGGGUCUCCGUAAAGAGAGGGGCGAGAACCUACACACGUUUCCGACACAUGGCGGGGAUGGACUGUAUAUUAAUGAGUUGCACGACUGGGCACUGGAGGGGUCUCCCGCUGGGCUUGAGGCACCGUUUUGGAACGACGAGAGCAGGUGGGAGCGCAGCAUCUUUGCAGAUGCCAAAGUACGGUUUGAGCAACACGGCACGCAGGCCAAGACGUUGAAAGAGCUGGGAUUCGUGUACCCCGGAGAAGGGCACUGGUAG